AUGUUGGCUACGGACCUCUCUUCUUCUUCUCUAACACUUCUCUUAUCCAUAAAACAAAACUUCCCAAUUCUAACCUCUCAAUUCCUACUUUCUCCUUCAAAAUCUCCUCGUCUCUUUAAUUCUUCUCUCUUUCUCUCUAAAAAUGCCGUCACCAUUCGACCCCGCUCCCGAGUGUUUUCUCAGACGCAGACCGAGUUGGAAUUGGCCACCAAAGUUGGACAAGACCGUCUCUUAAAGGUUCCUGCGUCGAACAUAAGGAAUUUCUCCAUUAUUGCUCAUAUUGAUCACGGGAAAUCAACUUUAGCUGACAAAUUGCUUCAGAUGACUGGUACGGUUCAGAAACGAGAAAUGAAGGACCAGUUUUUAGAUAACAUGGAUUUGGAAAGAGAAAGAGGCAUCACUAUCAAACUACAGGCAGCUCGAAUGCGUUAUGUAUAUGAAAAUGAACCAUAUUGCCUGAAUUUAAUUGAUACUCCGGGCCACGUGGACUUCUCUUAUGAGGUUUCUCGUUCGCUUGCUGCAUGUGAGGGUGCUCUCCUCGUUGUAGAUGCUUCGCAGGGAGUGGAAGCACAGACCCUGGCUAACGUUUAUUUGGCUUUGGAAAACAAUCUUGAAAUUAUUCCUGUUUUGAACAAGAUAGAUCUUCCUGGUGCUGAACCAGAUCGAGUUGUUCAGGAGAUUGAAGAGGUUGUUGGGCUAGAUUGUAGUGAUGCAAUUCUUUGCUCUGCAAAGGAGGGGAUUGGUAUAAAUGAAAUUCUGAAUGCAAUUGUUAAAAGGAUUCCGCCACCUUUGGACACAGCUGAAUGUCCGUUAAGGGCUUUAAUAUUUGAUAGUUACUAUGAUCCAUAUCGUGGAGUGAUUGUAUAUUUCCGAGUCAUUGAUGGAACUAUGAAGAAAGGUGACCGCAUUUAUUUUAUGGCGAGUCAGAAGGAUUAUUAUGUUGAUGAAAUUGGUGUUUUAUCUCCUAAUCAAUUGCAAGUGGAGGGACUUCAAGCUGGUGAGGUUGGCUAUCUUUCAGCUUCUAUAAGAUCUGUAGCAGAUGCUAGGGUCGGUGACACUAUUACUCAUUUUAGUAGAAAGGCAGAUAACUCACUUCCUGGAUACGAGGAAGCCACUCCAAUGGUAUUCUGUGGCCUAUUUCCAGUUGACGCAGACCAGUUCGCAGAUUUGCGUGAUGCGUUGGAAAAACUGCAACUUAAUGAUGCUGCACUGAAGUUUGAGCCUGAGACUUCAAGUGCCAUGGGUUUUGGCUUCAGAUGUGGGUUCUUGGGUCUUCUUCACAUGGAAAUUGUUCAGGAAAGGCUCGAGAGGGAAUACAAUCUGAGCCUAAUAACAACUGCCCCAAGUGUUGUGUACAGAGUGAACUGUGUAAAUGGUGAUACUGUUGAGUGCUCAAAUCCGUCUUUGCUUCCUGAACCUGGACAAAGGAGGUCAAUUGAAGAGCCGGUUGUUAAGAUUGAGAUGCUUACACCAAAAGACUAUAUUGGUUCACUCAUGGAGCUAGCACAAGAUAGAAGAGGAGACUUUAAGGAAAUGAAAUUUAUUACAGAGAUUAGAGCAUCUAUCACUUAUGAAUUACCCCUUGCUGAGAUGGUGGGUGAUUUCUUUGACCAGUUAAAAUCAAGAAGUAAGGGAUAUGCCAGCAUGGAAUAUACUUUUGUCGGGUACAAGGAAAGUGAAUUAAUAAAGCUUGACAUUCUGAUUAAUGGUGAUUGUGUGGAACCAUUGGCAACCAUUGUGCAUAGGGAUAAGGCAUAUGCUGUUGGUAGGGCUUUGACGCAAAAGCUGAAGGAGCUUAUACCACGACAAAUGUUUAAAAUACCAAUUCAAGCAUGCAUAGGUGCUAAAGUGAUCGCCAGUGAAUCUUUGUCAGCAAUUAGAAAGGAUGUUUUAGCCAAAUGUUAUGGUGGAGACAUUUCAAGGAAAAAGAAACUACUUAAGAAACAGGCUGAAGGGAAGAAAAGAAUGAAGGCAAUUGGUAAAGUUGAUGUGCCCCAAGAAGCCUUCAUGGCUGUGUUGAAACUUGAAAAGGAGGUAUUAUGAUCAUCUUAUGUGUUAUCUUGUAACAUUAUUUCCAAUACUAAUUUUUUUUUU